AUGAAACCAGUGACGACCGAACAAAUUAUUAUCUUGAAGAACGUCAUUAAUGGCAAAUACAAAGAUAAAGAUCUUCGUAAGCUUGUUUUCGACAUUGUUCAUCACAUGCUAUUUAUUUCUAAUGAGUUGUUAUUUGAUUUUUCAUCAGAAAAGGAGGUCUCCAAGGCUUUGAAAGAGGUGAUGAAAUCCAACAAGAAUGUAGCCAGGCGUAUCGUUCUUCAUUUCUGGGAUCAAAAAUUCAAGAAGGAACAUUCUAAUGUUUCUUCUGUUGAAAUUGAGAAGGCUUUUGAGUUGCACUUUGAAACAGAGAAAAAGUUUGGAGAAACUCUUCUUGGUCUCCCUGUUGCUUUUUGGAAAAAAUACUUCAACAAGCUUGUUCAGCUUAUUAAGGAGUCAGUGGAAGUGAAUAAUAGAAGUGUGGAAGAGAGCAGUUUGGAACAAUUUAUUAGUGGUUCGGUAAGAAAUUUAACAACUCCUGUUGCUGAUAAUAUGGAGAACACCAAGAUGCCAAGUUCAAAGGAUAAUGAGGUUGUUGAUGGUUCUGGUGUAUCUGUUCAAGAGGACGAGGUCUCUAAGAGCAUGCAUGAUAAGCAGUACCAAAAUCAAAACAAGCUAAUAACUAUGGUUAUAGAAGACAAUGAGUCUUUGAAUAGAGAUAAUGGAAUGUUUAAAAUGCAAAAUGAGUCUUUGGAGAAGGACGUUGAGAAUUUGAAGAAAGAUGUUGAGUUCUUGAAGAAAGAUAAUGAAAUCUUAAAGCAUGACAAUGAAUUUUUGAAGAAAGAUAUUGAGCUCUUGAAGAAAAAGUGCCUUGAUAUUAUGAACUACUUUAAGCAACUAUCUCACCCUGAAGUUGUUCAUAAUUUACAAACAACUUUGGUAGAGAAAACUGAAGAGAUUGAAGGUAUCAAAGAAUUGAACAUUGAACUCGGGAAUUGUAAAUGUGCAUGCCAUUGUGAGGCAUGUAAGAAGUGUAUCAACAAGACCCAAUAA